UCGAAAAAAAGGUAUUCGCUGUUUAAAAUACGCAUUCGGAUAGAAAAAAUUUCAAUCCAUUUUAAUACAUUCUCAUUUACUGGGAGUCUCACUGUUUUUCUCCCGUCGUUUUUCUACGUGAUACGUUUGAUAAUUUUUGAUUUUCCAAUCGAUAUUACUUGGAUAACGAUGAAGCGUAGCUUAAAAUCGGCACAGCAAUAAAAUCGGUAUAUAAAACUUUUGUCAGAGUCAGCAUCUAUAGAUAUAAGAUUCAAUAAUGUAUAAUCGUUGGAACAUUAAGCUUUCUUUAUUAGAGUAUAAAAUUGUGUGUAAGUGAGAGUAUAUGAACGUGAAACCAUGCGAGUUGUAAUAUUUCUUUAUUUGAACUAUGUUGUAAUUAUUUCUCACAUACAAAUCGUCCUAGGCUUAUUACAUUCUUAUGGACGCAUAUUUCCAUUGGCAUACGUGACGCGAUGUGACGUAUCGAUGUGGAAUUUGAUGCAAGGCAACUCGGAACAUGUGUAUGAAAAAUUGGGAUUGCAAAAACACGAAUAGAAGUAAUCGGCAGGUGAAUCUGAAAAGAAAGGGUUGGUGCGAGCGCUAGCUACGACAGGUAGAGUAAGCAUGAAACGGUAAGGAAAUGAUUGAUCACAAUCGAACGCGAGGAGAACGAUCGAUUAUGAUUCGUCAAUUUCUUAAGAUUUAAAUUGAGACUCGAUGCACCUAUCGUAGAUCCGGGCUUACAAGCAGAACCAACUGUUGAAUUUCGGGCCGGUAUUCAUAGUCGGUUGUUAAUUAUUUCGAGACCGUUUUAAGUAACGUCUCAGGAUGCUAAUACGGCUCUCUGAUUGGCUCGCGACACGUUGAGCCUGCAUUCGAUAUGUAAAAGUAUCAAUUGUGAAUAUGUACCAGCCUCGGUGUUUCGAGAAAUUAACGUUUCGUAAAAAUGCGCGCGUUCGAGGCUCGAGAGAGAUGGCAGGACGGUCGAUGUUGGAUGGAUCUCCCAUCUCCACUUGACUUGACCUCUACACGCUCUACACCUCUGGUAUCCAUUGGGUGCAGCUGGGUACAGCUGGGUGCAGCUAGGUGUGGGUGAGUCGAAUCGCUCCGUCUCGUGGUCGCGUAAACGUGGCGCGACAGAGUGAGGAAAAGAGGGAUCUACGUGACGAACGAAUGUGUUUAGAUCGUAUCAGAUCGUACGAGAUAUCCGGCGCGUUAGAAUGAGCGUUGUUUGCGAAUGCGACAAGGAACGUCAGCUUGCGGGAACGCUCGAUCGGCAAGUACGCGCAAGCACCAAUACGCCACGUUCCAAUUGCCUCGCUAUCACUCGUACCCUGCUCUACGCGGCGUAACCGCCACCAUAAUAUUUUAACGGUUGAAAUAUUAACGGAGCAGCGCAGAGAACGCGCGUAUCCUCUCGAUCGGAAGCACCUCCAGCCGGAUCCAGCGGAAAGUUGGACGUGGAGCAGCGACGAGUGCGUUACUCGAAGCGCGCGCCGUCAUUGUCGUCCAUCGAGCCGAUCGAAGCGUCGCGCGUGUAGUGGCGUGUAGAGACCGUGCGACGGUGUGGCAGCUGUGCGCGACCGCACGAUUCCGUCCAACUUUCCGUUUCCGGACGAGUGGCUGGGCCGCUGGGCGUUUGGCUUCGGCGGUAACUCGUAAUAGUCGUAACGGUCGUAACACGCUCCGAGCUCCGAGUCGUUUAUUAUCGAUGGCGUGGCCACCAUCCUAGUGGCGUCAGGCGGCUGCAUGUACCGUUAGUUCGAAUUCUAUUGCCAUUUCCCGUUGGCGCAGGCUCGAGCGACAUCCACGCUCACGUACCUACCGACCGAGGAGGGCUGAGCCAUAUUCGAUCGCGGUUGGUCGUCGUAAACCCGGAAACGAAGCGUGUGCGCGUCUCCGUUCAGCGAGAGCGCCGAGAGCUGCUCGUUGUGCGUUAGAGAGAGAGAGCGAGCGAGCGAGCGAGUGUGCGUGAGCAGUAGAGUGUGCGAGUGCGAAUUUAUCGCGGAGUCACUCUCGAGCUCUCCUCGAACUUCCGUUAGAGACGUGCGCGCGUCCAUCCCGACGUCUCUACGCAUAUGUAUGACGUGUGCAUCGCAGCGACAGCCGCGGCGAUACGUCGGUCGGCGGGUUCACGUUGAAAUGAGAAAGUUGUUACCGCUGCGCUGAGGAUUGGGAACGACGACGCACGCGAACCAGCCAGACGGACAAUUCCCGUACUAAGCGGACGUACGAAGACGACCGAAGGCAGCGACAGUAACAGCGGUACAUUGAGGCGAGUGUGCACGGAGAGUCGCUGGUCGUCCACCCGCUCAUCUACCUGCCUGUACUUACGAUUUACGAGUGUGAUCGUCGAAAAUUCGAACAAUGAAUUUCACGCCUUUCCCUGGAUUUACUGGCUCGUUGCCGACCGGCACCGUUCAUCAAUUCGCCACAGCGAAAUUCGCGCAGAAUCUUACCACCGGAGGACAGGUGGUCGGAGUUUUGUCCGGUGGUGAAGGUGGAGUUCAUUAUUUGAGACCGGUCGAUCCGAAUGGCUUUGCUGUGGCUCAGAGCGGUAAUAGUCAACAACAACAAAUUAUUACUUUGCCUAUCACUGUUCCGGGAAAAGAUGGUACGCAGCAACAGCAGACUGUCCAAAUACAAGUGGUCAACCCUAGCGUGUCUCAAAGCGGAAAUAGCGGCGAUCAGCCAAAGUAUCAUUUGGCACCGAUAUCCCUCAGUCAGUUUCCACAGGGAGCAGCUACCGUUCUCACUGUUGCCUACAGUCAGCAAGGCGCGGAUGGUGUUCAAAUUCAAGUACAACCGCAAAACACCGUAGCGACUACGCAAACGUCUGAUCAAACGACACAAAGUACGUCUACCGCCGUGACCACUACGUCUCAACAGACUAUUCAACAGACGGUACAACUUCCGGGAGCGCCCGAAGGUCUGACUGUAGUUGCUCAGAUUCCUCAAGACUUGAUUUUACGAGAGAGCAUAGAGGAGUCCAAGGAGGACGUUAAGGAGGGUACGACACCCGUGGCUCUUAUUAAACGAGGCAGUGUCAAGAGUCAAGGUAAUCAGAGUGGGGAAGAAUUCAUUACUUCUAUGCCUGCCAGUUGGCAGAGUCUCGCUACUCCAGGAUCCACGGUCGCAGAUUAUCUCUCUAGACUGCCAACGAGUACUUUGCCUCUUAGUUUGCAACAUUUUCUCAAGUUUUCGGCGGAAACUAUUAAAAGGGAAGCUACCAUUGAAUCCAGUCCGCUCGGACCGGAUGGUCUCGAUGCUUCCGGAAGUACAGCUUCGGGAGAGCAAGCUGUGCAGAUUACAGUCGCCGGAAGUGAAACGGCCAUCAUUCCUGACGUUGUCGAAGAACAGGAGCCAGGAGCGAAACCGAAGCGGAAAAAAAAAUACAAAAAGAAACCACCGAAACCGAAGAAACCAAAACCAGGACAAGUGAGCAUAGUCACCGCUCUCGAUGGCACCACCCUAUUUUGCUGCCCUCAAUGUAAUAUGGCGUAUCCAGAGAAGGAAAGUUUGGAGCAGCAUUUGAUUGGACAUAAAAUAGAGAGGAGAUUUAUAUGCGACAUUUGCGGCGCUGGUCUUAAACGAAAGGAACAUUUGGAGCGGCACAAAUUAGGCCAUAAUCCCGAUAGGCCUUUCAUUUGUUCCGUUUGCAUGAAGGGCUUUAAACGAAAAGAGCACUUGAAUCUUCAUUUUGUUAUACAUUCUGGGCAAAAGACCGAAGUUUGCACCGAAUGCGGCAAAGCAUUCUAUCGGAAAGACCACCUUAGAAAGCACGCGAGAUCUCACCUUACUAAGCGUGCCAAGGAAGAUCCAUUGAAUACGACGAAUGAUACGACGCAGAAUCAACAACAGGCGGACCAACAAGUGGAACAAAUACAACAACAGUCGUCGGUGCCCGAAUUGCAGCAAAUUCAGAUACAAGUAGGACAAGGAUCCCAAGCGCAGAUUCACCAGAUAUCUGUCAAUGAACAGUCCACCGUAGUUUUGCCUACAGCGGCUGAAACUGGAGCUAUGACGAUGCUACAUCAUCAGCAGCAGCAGCAGCAGCAACAGCAGCAGCAGUCGCAGCAACAGCAGCAGCAACAGUCGCAACAGUCGCAGCAGCAGCCGCAACAGCAGCAGCAGCAACAGCAACAGCAACAGCAUUAGCAACAGCAUACCGCCCCAAAUCAACUUGGGCGGUACUUUCGUUUCAAUCAUCAGCACGCUAGAUGUCGUACACGACA